CACACACACACACACACACACACACGCAGCUGAUGGAGAAUCCCGGGUUCGAGAGAUCUAAGGAUGAUCCUCCUCAGUACGAGGAGACGUCGUUCUCCAGCAACGGCUUCAGGAACGGGGAGCGGCGAGCGGUGCGGGCGUCCGUCGCGAGCGCGUUUGGACACGCCACGCUGGACCGGGUCCCGAACGCCGACUUCUACCGCAACGCCGCGAGCGUCAGCGGCACCAGAGUCAUCCGGCCGUCCCUGCAGGAGCUGCACCAGGUCUUCCAGAAGAAUGGAGGCCUGAGUGUUCCCAGUGCGGUGCCGGACGGAGACGAGGCGGAUGGGUCGGCGCUGGGGGACGUGGAGUCCGUCGUGCCGCUCGACGACAAAGACACCGCAGGACUCGUGAAGUUCGGCUGGAUCAAAGGAGUUCUGGUGAGAUGCAUGCUGAAUAUCUGGGGGGUCAUGCUGUUCAUCCGACUGUCCUGGGUGUUCGGACAAGCAGGAAUAGGUCUGGGAAUAGUGGUGGUGUUGUUGAGCAUAGUGGUGACCAGCGUCACGUGUCUGUCCAUGUCAGCGAUCUGCACCAACGGUGUCGUACGAGGAGGCGGGGCGUAUUACCUGAUCUCCCGCAGUCUGGGCCCUGAGUUUGGUGGAUCCAUCGGCCUGAUCUUUGCGUUCGCCAACGCCGUGGCCGUGGCCAUGUAUGUCGUCGGGUUUGCGGAAACUGUGGUGGAGAUACUCAAGGAAAAUAACGCGCUUAUAAUGGAUCCAAUGAAUGACAUCAGGAUCAUCGGCUGUAUAACGGUGGUUCUGCUGAUGAGCAUCACUGUGGCCGGCAUGGAGUGGGAGGCAAAGGCUCAGGUCGCUCUGUUGGUGAUCCUGCUGUUGGCCAUUGGCAAUGUAUUUGUGGGAACAGUGAUUCCCUCCACACUAGACAAGCGGUCCAAAGGCUUCUUCAACUAUAGAGAAUCCAUCGCAAAGGAAAACUUUCUACCGGAAUUCCGGGAUGGAGAAACGUUCUUCUCUGUUUUUGCCAUCUUUUUCCCAGCAGCCACUGGGAUCCUGGCUGGAGCCAACAUCUCUGGAGAUCUGAGAGAUCCUCAGGCUGCCCUUCCCAAAGGAACGCUUCUGGCCAUCUUCAUCACAGGAAUAACCUACCUGGCCGUCGCACUAGUUGUUUCCGUCACUGUAGUUCGAGAUGCGACGGGGAGCCGCAACGACACUCUUCUAGUGGGUUCGAGCUGCAACUUCUCUUCGGCUUGUGAUCUGGGCUACGACUUCUCAAUCUGCCAGACCAGCAAAUGCAACUACGGCCUCAUGAACAACUUCCAGGUCAUGACUCUAGUGUCUGGGUUUGGACCGCUCAUCACGGCAGGAACGUUUUCAGCCACGCUCUCCUCAGCUCUUGCGUCUCUAGUGAGCGCGCCCAAAGUCUUCCAGGCUCUGUGCAAAGACAACAUCUACACGGCCCUCAAGUUCUUCGCCAAAGGUCACGGGAAAAACAACGAGCCAAUCAGAGGAUACCUCCUGACCUUCGUCAUCGCUGUAGCGUUCAUCCUCAUCGCUGAGCUCAACACCAUCGCUCCCGUCAUCUCCAACUUCUUCCUGGCUUCAUACGCCCUCAUCAACUAUUCCUGCUUCCACGCCUCAUACGCCAAAUCCCCAGGCUGGAGGCCGGCGUAUAAGUACUAUAACAUGUGGCUGUCUCUGUUCGGAGCCGUGCUGUGCUGUGCCGUGAUGUUCGUGAUUAACUGGUGGGCGGCGCUCGUCACAUACGGCAUCGAGUUCUUCCUCUAUAUUUACGUGACUGUGAAGAAGCCAGAGGUGAACUGGGGCUCGUCCACUCAGGCCGUGACCUUCAUGAACGCCGUGAACAGCGCUCUCACCUUAUCCAGCGUGGACGACCACAUCAAGAACUUCAGACCCAAGUGCCUCGUGAUGACCGGAUCGCCCAGGACCCGGCCGGCGCUGCUCGACGUGGCUCAUUCACUCACGAAGAACUAUGGGUUGUGUCUGACCUGUGAGGUGUUCAUGGGUCCCCGUGACAAGAGUCUGCAGGACAUCAGUGCAGUCGUUCAGCAGAACCAGCUGUGGCUGCAUAAGCAGAAGCGGAAAGCUUUCUACACACCGGUCGCCAGCGAGAACCUGCGAGACGGAGCAGAAGCACUGCUGCAGGCGUCAGGACUCGGCAGAAUGAAGCCGAAUACAGUGAUGAUGGGAUUCAAGCGUGAUUGGAGAACCACUAAACCACAGGAAGUCCAAAGCUACGCUGGAAUUCUGCAUGAUGCCUUUGAUUUCGAGCAAGGGACCGUGAUACUGAGAAUCAAUCAGGGCAUGGACAUCUCUCACAUCCUCAAAGCAGAAGAGGAGAUGGAGCGUAUGAUCAUGGAGCAGCAGGCGCUGGAGAUGGAGGAGAACGACUUUCAGCCGCACGGGCCACAGGGGUUCUUCAACCGGUCCCAGAAGACCUCCACGAAAGAGCUGACCCGCAGCGUGUCUCUGGACGUUCCUCGCACAUCCGACCUGGCGAAGAUGAACCAGCGCCUGGUGGAGGCCAGCAGCCAGUUCAAGAGGAGACAGGGCAAAGGCACGAUCGACGUCUGGUGGCUGUUUGAUGACGGAGGUCUCACGCUGCUUCUGCCUCACAUUCUGACCACUCGGAAGAAAUGGAAAGACUGCAAACUCAGAAUCUUCAUCGCCGGGCAGCCCGAACGCAUCGAACAGGACAAACACGAAAUGCAGUUGCUCAUGAAGAAGUUCAGGAUCAAAUGCGACGACAUCCAAGUCAUCUCAGACCUCAACGUCCGGCCCAGCGCAGAGAGCUGGAAACUCUUCCAGGACAUGAUCGAGCCGUUCCGUCUGCACGAGGGCUCGAAGGACACGACACAGGCCGAAGCCCUGAGGAGAGAGCAUCCCUGGAAGAUCACCGACCACGAGCUCGACACCUUCGAGGAGAAGACGAUCCGACAGGUGCGCCUGAACGAGCUUCUCCAGGAGAGUUCGAGAGCCGCUAAACUCGUGGUGGUGAGCAUGCCCAUCGCUCGUAAAGGCUCAGUCUCAGAUUACCUGUACAUGGCCUGGCUGGACUCGCUCACGAAGAAUCUCCCGCCGACUCUCCUGAUCCGUGGAAACCACCAGAGUGUGUUGACCUACUACUCAUGAACAACACACACACACUACCCAACUACUCAUGCUAUUUCUGCAAUAUGCAUAUUGUAUGUGUAUCAUUUCUUUUGACAUAUUAUUUAAUUAGACAUUUUUAUAUAAAAUUCACAUUAAAAAUGCUAAAUAAAAAGUAUUUAGCAUGUGAUAUAAACUGCACACUUCUGAUUGAAACAUUGUUGCAUAUUUAAAACACCUGCUCUAUCCUGCCCCCUUCUGGACAUGCGUGGAUAAAAUAUCUGUCAACACUAUAAAAGCACUUUAGUGUCAAAUUAUUCAGAAUGAUCAAUGAAAGUAUCAUGUUUUUGUACAUAUGUUCACUGACGGCACAUUCUUAUAUUAUCUUGUUAAUCCUAUUUAUAUUUCUGUGGUACUGGGAAAGAUUGUGUGAAAUUGUUUCAUGUUAUAUAUUCAAAUUCAAUUACAUAAAUGUUUUCUCACAGUAAAUAAAGUUUUGGAAAAUCCA